UAUUUUUGUUGUAAUUGUUUCAACACACGCAGACCGAGUAAACAACCAUGCUCACAGGCAUAUAUUCUUUAUCCUCCGUAAAUAACAACUCAUGUUAUUGCAUCUUAGCUGCACCACGCUUCUGUUUCAUCAUCAAAUUUGUGUCCUUAUGUCUCUGUGUUUGCAAUGAAAUAUACAGCAGAUGAUGGGGUGCUGACGAGAACUCCUGCUGGCAGGCCUGCCGGGUGUAAAGUUACGCGCGCAGGACACACCCUCCGGUGGGAGUUUCCACGAGGAGUAGAAGGAGGAGCGACGGAGCUGAUCACUUUUCAUUUCCACCCUCUAGUCACCAGCAGUCGUCCUCCUCGCGCUGGCAGUGGAACAUGCCCUCCGCCGUGGGCAAUUCGUUACGCGCGGCCGCCGUGCUGUCAGUGGCGGUCCUGUCCUUUCUGGUUUGCUUGCUCCUCGGCAGCGUGCGCCGCCUCGGAAGCGGCCACGAGGAUCUGGAUGAAGAGUUGGCGUCCCUCCGAUCAGCGUUGAGCCACCAACUCGCGCAAAGACACCAAGAAAUCCUCCCUCUGCUUCCACCCGGCCGCGACAAGGAGCUUUUCUCCACCUGGGAUUCUAAUCUGUGGACCGAGUUGACGCGUGGCUCCUCCAGCAACGGGGCCCCGCUGGGUUGCGCAGCUCUGCGGGACAUGCAGCCGCUGGAAGUGCUCGGCUCCGGGUACACCAAGCUGGUAGUGAAGGGGACGCUGGCCGGAGGGGAGCCGGUGGCGCUCAAGAUGGUCAACGAGCACGGCAUCGACAUGGGCAAGUGCGUGGAGGGCUUCAAGGACCCCCACGGGUGCCGUCAACUGGUGUCUUACAAGCUCAGCAAGGAAGUUGUCCUCCUGCACAGGCUGCGGCAUCCCAACAUCAUCAAGUUGCGCGGUCAUUGCGCUGGAGACGAGGGAGGCCGAGUGACCGUCAUCCUGGAGCAAGGGGACCCUCUCCAGAUGCUCCACCUCCUCCAGAGCCCCUGGGAGGACCGCUUCAGGGUUUGUCUGGACCUGGUUCGCCUGCUCCAUUUCCUCUCGCGCUCUCCACUGGGAUCGGUGGCUCUGCUGGACUUUCAGCCCCGCCAGUUCGUCAUGGUGUCGGGCGAGCUCAAGCUCACCGACCUGGACGACGCCAGCGCGGCCGACACGCCCUGCGGCCGACACGCCGAUUGCUCCCUGCAGUUUCCGCACCGAAAUUUCACCCUGACCUGUUCAACCCGCAGAGUGUGUGAGGACCUCAAUGAGAAGAUGAACAUUUACAAUGCCUAUAGGUACUUUUUCACCUACCUGCUGCCUCACCAGGCCCCGCCCGGCCUCACACACCUGGUGGCACGCAUCAUGAAUGUCACAGGUGAGCUGAAAGCCGACAUCAACGAGAUGCUGGAUGCUUUCGAGCACAUUCUGCACCUCUACCAGUCUGGGCUGCACCUGGACAAGCUGCCUUCAUCUGUACUACGAGACUACGACGUGACGCGAGGAGUGACGACAUCGGGAAACACAGACUACCAUUGCUGGCCGUCCUACAGUCAACAAGGCUGCGUGCUGUCCGUCCACAGCGCCAGGGAGGCAGCGCACAUCUGCAACUCGCACUCACAGUGCACCAGUUUCACUCUGACAGGACAGAAAACAUGGACAGGUAGGCCGUUGGCUACUUUCAGGAGUAGCUUCAGUCUUCUGGUACCUGACGAAACCUCUGAGGUGUAUGUGAAGCACAGCACUGCCGGGUAAAUGGUACGCAUGGAUGGGACUUGUAAUAUCAAAGACUGUAUGGAGCGAGCUUAUAUACUCCCAAUGAUGUGAAGCAAAAAGCAACAUGUUGCGCUUAAAUUAGACGAGUCCCGCUGCGUCCAGCGGUGCCCCCAGCUUUGCGGGAGAGAAUUCACAGCCAAGGCGGGUAAAUGCGACGUAUUUCUAGGCCUUACGCAUAUUGCACUCAUUUCAUGCGUCUGCCAACUCACCGCCUCUGCCAACUGCUACUUCAAGGGAUUUCCCUUCAGAUACAAUUAGGGAAAGAGAGCCUUGUGCUUUUUUUCUUUUCUCUUUUUAUGUUGCUACCUUGACUUUAUUUGCUGCUUGUUGUGAAGCCAGCUCCCCUGUGGUGGGCUUGUUGGUUAGAAGUCGAGCAUUGGCAUCAGCCCAAAAAGCCAGAGGACAAGGAAAGAAAACAAAGCUCUUAUUCAAGUACAGGCUGAUGCGCUGAGGUGCCAACUGUUUUGUCAAUGGCUUUUGGGACUUAGCUGCACUGUGAUCUGAAUAGGAACUUUACAACACCGCUUUUAACUUGGGGUUGAUGUCUGUUUGUAUAGCUAAUGUAGCAUUUGAAGCUACAGCCAGGAGCUUGUUUUAGCAUUGUGCAGUGAACAGAACGAAGUGCAACAUUUCGUUAGCGUAUAAAACUACAACUGGGAACUAAUUACAAAUAAACCUAUAUUCAGCAAGUAGUUAGCAUAACCUAGCAUUAUGAUGUCACAGCCAAUAGCUAGUUAGAGGAAAAUAGCAUAUAACGCUAAACCAAUCAGCAAUUAUAACUCAGUCUAGCCAAUAAAACUAACGGCAACACCUAGCAAGUGCAAGGCAGCAUAUGACACAAAAGCUGGGUGUUAAUUUUAGCAAAGUGCAGCGAAUCAAAUUGAGCUAAGACAACAACUAGUGAGCGCAAGAUCAUAUUUGAAGCUCACACACGAAGUUUGUAGCUCAGUCUAGCGAAUAAAACCACUAGGUCGCACAAGGAAGGGCAUGCAGUUAAAGAAAGGAUUAGUAGCAGUUAGCCUAAACUAGCAUUACGACACCAACAGCUAAUUACAAUAAAUGAAAGCAAGCUAAACGGACAUUUGAGAGAAUGACAUUUUGGGGCCUGAAAUUUUAAAUAUUCCAAAACUGGUUUCCAAGCAGUUAUUUUCAACUGAUCUUGACAGUGGUAGUCUGUAAAAAUGGGAAACAUACUUGCAAAGUAAUUGUGGCCUUCUCCAACAAAGUGUAUAAUUUACUGCACGAUUAAUUCGUUCAGUGGGGAUGCCUUAAGUAUGUCAACAGUGUAACAUCAUCAACUGCUGGCCUGGCAUGCACGUAGCAACAUUUUUGUAGGUUCACGUGAAUGUUUUUUGGGGGGUGAAUAUGACAACAGCCUAGUGAAAAGUCUAUUUUUAAUUGGUAUUUUCAAAAAUAUGCCAAUUAAUAAAUGAAUGCAAUAAUAUACAUGACAGGCCAGUAGUUACCAAUUUCAUUCUGUAACACCUCGAAUGUGUACGAUCUGAUCUUCUUCCUUCACAGAAGCUCCUGUUUAAUGACCUGUGUGAUAUCUGAAUGAAAGUAAUGCGACAAUACUGGAUGUAGUUUGUUGCGUUAAAUGCGCUAUGUGCCGACAUUGCGCCGACAUGAUUUGUGUUUUAUAGCAUUUUUCAGCAACUAGACGUGACUGUUUUAAAAAUCUGAACAUAUUGAAAUCUUUUUUUCUGUUAAAUACAACCGGCUGUAAACUACCACUUUUUACAGCAAAAUCAUUUCAAAUCAUUCCAUUUUUUACAUCAUUUUAUAAACGAGUUCAUUGAAUUUGUCUGAGGUGUCAUGAUCAAAUGUAAUUGUUCUGACAUAACUGUGCUUUAGAGUUUUAUGUGCACCUUGUGGGUGAAACCAUUAUUUUCAAUGGAAAAUGAGUCAGUCUUUUUUUUAAUACUGCACCAUAUGUAACUGCAGAGUCUUAUUUUAUAAAUGUGUACUUAUAUUGUG